AAGCUUAACUUCUUUCAGCCGUUUGCGGAUGGGAGGGGGAGGGACGGCCUGCAGUCAGCAGUUCUGUGCGGGGCUCGGCAGGGCAGAGCCCCGGCCAUGAGCUGAGCGGGCAGCGGCGGCACCGGCGGAUGAGGUUGCAGUUUCGCUGGUGGAGAAGAUGCAGGCUCAGGAGAUCCUGCGGAGCCUGCGGCUGCCCGAGUUCGAUGACCUCAGCCAGUUCUUCCGCAACCUGCCGGCCACGGCGCUGGUGGGCCUGGGCGCCUUCGCCGCCGUCGUGGCCUACUGGUUCGCCAGCCGGCCGCGCGCUGUGAAGCCGCCCUGCGACCUGCGCAUGCAGUCGGAAGAAGUCGAGGGCCUGGCCGGGGCGCGCCGCUCGGUGAUCGGGGACAGCCCGCAGCUGCUGACGCACUACUACGAUGAUGCCAGGACCAUGUACGAGGUCUUCAGGAGGGGAUUCAGCAUCUCUGAGAAUGGCCCCUGCCUGGGGUUCAGGAAGCCCAAGCAGCCCUACCAGUGGCUGUCCUACAAGGAGGUGGCUGAAAGAGCAGAAGCUCUGGGUUCAGGCCUUUUGCAGCAGGGCUGCAAGCCAUCCACAAAGCAGUUCAUUGGUGUCUUUGCUCAAAACCGCCCAGAGUGGAUCAUCUCUGAGCUGGCUUGCUACACCUAUUCCAUGGUGGUGGUUCCCCUGUAUGACACCUUAGGUCCUGGAGCCAUUCGGUACAUUGUCAACACAGCUGACAUUUCCACAGUCAUUUGUGACAAGCCUGAAAAAGCCAAGAUACUCCUCGACCAUGUGGAGAGGAAAGAAACACCAUGCCUGAGGUCUAUCAUCCUGAUGGACCCGUUUGAGAAGGAGCUGACAGAGAGAGGGAAGAGCUGUGGGGUUCGCAUCCAGACCAUGCAGGAGGUGGAGGACUGUGGCCGUGAGAAUCGACAUGUGCCUGUGCCUCCUCGACCAGAAGAUCUGUCAAUUGUGUGUUUUACUAGUGGCACUACAGGAAAUCCCAAAGGUGCUAUGCUGACCCAUGGAAACGUGGUGGCGGAUUUUUCAGGCUUUUUGAAAGUGACAGAGAAAGUGAUCUUUCCGAGACAGGACGAUGUGCUCAUCUCCUUCCUGCCUCUGGCUCACAUGUUUGAAAGAGUUAUACAGUCUGUAGUGUACUGCCACGGAGGGCGGAUUGGCUUCUUCCAAGGCGACAUUCGCCUCCUGUCUGACGACAUGAAGGCACUGCGGCCAACCAUCUUCCCCGUGGUGCCCCGGCUGCUGAACAGAAUGUAUGACAAGAUCUUCAGCCAGGCUGACACAUCCCUCAAGCGCUGGAUCCUGGAAUUUGCGGCCAGACGGAAAAAGGCUGAAGUUCGAAACGGCAUCAUUAGAAACGACAGUUUGUGGGAUAAACUUUUCUUUAAUAAGAUACAGGCAAGCCUUGGGGGCUGUGUCCGCAUGAUAGUGACAGGCGCUGCCCCCGCGUCCCCGACCGUCCUGGGCUUCCUCCGCGCCGCCCUCGGAUGCCAGGUUUAUGAAGGCUAUGGCCAAACCGAAUGCACAGCUGGAUGCACCUUUACAACUCCAGGUGACUGGACAUCAGGUCAUGUAGGAGCCCCUUUGCCCUGUAACUUAAUCAGAUUGAAGGAUGUGGAAGAACUGAAUUAUUUUGCUUCCAAAGGAGAAGGAGAGAUCUGUGUGAAAGGACCCAAUGUGUUUAAAGGUUACUUGAAAGAUGAAGAGAGGACAGCUGAGGCACUGGACCAGGAGGGCUGGCUUCACACAGGAGACAUUGGAAAAUGGUUACCUAAUGGGACCCUUAAAAUUAUUGAUCGGAAGAAGCAUAUAUUUAAACUUGCUCAGGGAGAAUACAUUGCACCGGAGAAGAUCGAGAAUAUCUACAUCCGCAGUGACCCUGUUGCUCAGAUCUACGUCCAUGGAGACAGCCUGCAGGCCUUCCUGGUGGGAAUUGUGGUGCCUGAUUCUGAGGUCAUGCCAGGUUGGGCAAAGAAAAGAGGGUUUGAAGGAACAUAUGCAGAACUCUGUAAAAAUAAGGAACUGCAGCAAGCGAUAAUGGAAGACAUGGUGCGGUUAGGGAAGGAGAGUGGGCUUCACUCCUUUGAGCAGGUCAAAGCCAUUUAUAUUCACUCUGAUAUGUUCUCAGUGCAAAACGGUUUGUUGACACCAACAUUAAAGGCUAAGAGACCAGAACUGAGAGAUUACUUCAAAAAACAAAUAGAAGAGCUAUAUUCAAGCAUCUCCAUCUGAAAUCAUGGGAAGAAUCUUCUGAGUAAUGGACUUCAUAGCAAUAUUAGAAUAAUACUUAAAAACUACAGAGCCAGAACGACACUGCUGAAAUGGAUAAGCAUCUGAAUCUUACAUCUGAGCCUUUCAUUUUUCUAGGAUUUCAUCACUAACCAUAUUUUCCUUUCUUUUUGCCAUCAGGUGUGAUACAAUUUCUUUUUUACUCUAGGUAUACAGUAAGGCACUACUAAAAGUUAUGCUAAAUUGCCGCAAAAUAUGCAGAAAUUUCAAUCUAUGACCAAGUAAAUUAUGGAAGCCUAUCUUUUAAAUUACUACAAACAUUUCUAGUUAAAAUAGGGAAAAUUUCAGGUAUGUCUGUUGAUAUUUGAUUGUAUACAACCUAAUAUAUUAGAAACUAAAAUAAUAAGUAAUUCAAUAAUGUGGUCUACCUCAAAUAAUCAGUGACUGAUGGUGAAAAUAAAAGUCUAUUUUAUCUCAUUUGGAACUUCAAGCUGGAUAUUGGUUUAUAUAGUAAGUGAUAGUUUUUAUAUUUUUCAGGACAUAAAUGACAUUGAUUUGAUUUAAUCAUCGAUGACUUAACAACCAGAACAGAAAUAGGAAGGAAUUUCCCACUGUUUGUACUUAAUAGACCUAUUAGUAUGUUACAUCUAAUGGAUUCAUGUUACCUGGAAAUGACAAGAACAGGGUAGGAAGCAAUAGCACAGAAUUCCCUCUAUUUCCUUUUCAUCCAAACACAGUUUAUCCAUGGUUUGCAGAUUCUGCAUUAGGGCUCCUUCAGUCCAAUGCACUCAAGGACAUCUGAACUGCUCAAACAGAGAAGGUUGGAAAAGCAUCACUGGCUCUGUGGUGGCUUUAGGUUGGAGUUCACGAUAAUCCAUAUGCUCCCAAUCCCUAAUUUAUUACUUCACAUGCUGCUAAUACUGCAUAGUCCAGCUGGACUAACUCCCUUCAGAAACAGCGCUAAAGAAACGGAGCACAAGGAAUAAGCUGUGAUUCUGGAUGGGGCUUAGCAAAAUGGAAAGGUUUGGGAAAAGGCCAGCCUGAGAUGCAGCAGUGGAGGGCAUCCUAUCCUUUAUCUGGCCAUGGAAGGGGAAGGAAUACCGCCCCAAAAGACUCAUGGGGAUGGGCUAAAGGCUGUGUUGGCCGCUGCUGUGCAAGGCAGAACAGUGGAUGUGGUGGCAGAAGGGCCUGUUAAGGGAACGUCUUUAUGGUCAGACAUCUGGAAGCAUCAAAUCCCAUUGGCAUCACCUCCAAAGGCCUCUCUGGGAUAACCAGCAAGUUGUCUGGAUAAAACCUUACAUUUCUGUGGUCAUCAGAAAGGGGAUAAGUCUCACAAGGAGUAGGAACUGACUCUAGAGCUCUUUCUUGGUACAAGGCAUGGUACAAGGCAAAGAGAAAACUGUCAUGUCAAGUUGAAUACUUGGACUGUUGAUAGCUUCUUUCUGCUAAACAGGGUCCUAAAUAUCUGUGUCUUUUACUAGCUGAUGUUUGUUGCACCAUGUUUGUUACAUGCUAGCAUGGAGCUGUGCCUGCUAGAUCUUUGCUAGGACAGUGGAAGCACACUUAUUUUCUCUCUUAUAGUGGAAUCCACUGUAGACUUCUGAAGCUAAAAGUUUAAAUUUUUGAUGUAAACAGUAUCUUAUUUUCUCUCUGAACUUCUGUUGCAUGCUUCCAAGUGAAAUAAAUUGAAUUAAUAAGUUA